AUUGGCAGUGUCGUCCGUGAAGCAUCGUCACUCGACGGUUCACUUAGCAGUCCGCCUAUAUUACAGUAUUUUGUCCGAGGGAGUUCACUUCCACACUAUCCGCCGGUUAAUCUGCGUUACAACUCCUCGCGCGCAUAGUCGCCUGGUACUCCCGGUUCAGUUUAUCCGAAACGUUUAUCCGAUUAUAUCCGGGUUAUCUUAGCCGGUUCAACCAAAAUGGCACACAGUCUGUUGUUAUUUUCUAUAAGUAUAGGUUUUGUAUCUUGUUUUAGUGAAAAUAAUUAUUAUUUUGAAAAUCAUAAAUAUUGUGACGAUCUCUCUCCCUAUUACGGUGACAUCAAUUUAGAUUCGAUCACCGGUAUUUGGUACGGUGUAGAGAAAAUACCACAUUCGAAAGGCGAAUACAAAAUCGAGCACACAAGGGACUGUUUUUAUAUUGACAUUAAGGAACUAUACAUUCAGCCGACGCCGCCAACGCCAUAUCCGCCAAUGACAAACUCUCCGUACGUGAAUCAUAAAUUUGGCCUGCCUGAAUAUUAUAGGGUCAGGCAUUUCGUAUUGGAGUGGCAUGAGGGUCUCUGGCGUGACGAUUACCAUAUCAAGGUUAAUACUUCGCAUAAGGGUUUUUGGCCGACGGAUGUUCCGAACCGAUCCGUCGAUAACAUGUAUCGUUUCUUCGGUGGCGUGAUUCAAGUGCUGAAGGUGGCCAACAAUCACCUCGUACUGAACUUCUGCAUGCGUCUUCCGCACUCUCAGAUGUUCAGCGUCGUCCUCUCCAGGAACGAGAAUCAGUUGACAGCGGAAGACCUAGCUAGCAUCCACAACGUUUUCACCAUGAAACAUUUAUCCACUUCCUCCCUCAAAAGAGUUUGUGAAAAUUCAGCGACAGAUUUAAAAGUAUCAUAUUUUAUACUGAUUUCUAUAUAUUUGACUUUCCGGAGAACCUUAUUUAGAAUGGGCACUAAUUAAUUUUAAAUUAAGCGAUUAUGUUUAAAUUAAGUCUUCCUAUUUGCAACUUAUUUAUUCUCGACAUAAUUAGAAUUAUUUAGAUAUAUGACUGAAAAACAAAUGAAUUUGCAUUUGUAUCGAUUCUAUAUGUAAAAAUUUUUUUCAGUGUUCAAAUUUGUUAUAAAUAAAUAGUGUUAUAAAAAAACAUUAACCAUUAUUAUUACUAAAGUUGGAAAAUGACAUAUAUAUUGACUAUUUUUUAUAAAAAUAUAUAUAUUUACUGUUUUGAUAUUAAAUCGAAUAGAAAUGG